CACUCUCCACAUUUAGACCAGGUAUUAAAGCACAAGAGGACCAAGAUGAGCCAUAUGUGGGAGUGAACAUAGGCACAGACGUAUCAAACUUUCUCUCUCCUGCUGACUUAGUUUCUUUUUUACAACUUCAAAAGAUCAAGCACAUUCGUCUCUACGAUGCUGAUAAUGAAAUCCUCAAAGUACUGGCCAAGACCAAUAUUAGUGUCGUUAUCAGUGUACCCAACAACCAGCUUCUUGCAAUUGGGUCCUCCAACGCCACCGCCGCCACAUGGGUCGGCCGCAACGUCGCUGCCUACUACCCAGAAACCCUCAUCACCGCCAUUUCCGUCGGUGAUGAAGUCUUGACCGCCAUACCCAGUUCAGCUCCUUUGCUUAUGCCGGCAAUUGAGUCUCUUUACAGUGCUUUAGUGGCCACAAACCUCCAUACCCAGAUCAAGAUUUCAACUCCAAUGGCCGCUUCACUUGUUCUUGAUCCAUUUCCACCUUCCCAGGCCUUCUUCAAUCAAACCCUAACCCCAAUAAUUUCACGGUUAUUGCGAUUCUUAUCGAGAACCAAGUCGCCUUUGAUGAUGAAUUUGUACCCUUACUAUGUGUUUAUGCAAAACAAAGGAGUUGUUCCAUUAGAUAAUUCACUUUUUAAGCCCUUGACACCCUUAAAAGAAAUGGUUGAUCCUAACACUUUGCUUCACUAUGCAAAUGUUCUUGAUGCUAUGAUUGAUUCUGUAUAUGUUUCCAUGAAGAAUCUUAAUUUCACUGAUGUUGUGGUUCUUGUUACUGAAACUGGGUGGCCUUCAAAGGGUGAUUCCAAAGAGCCUUAUGCAACAAUUGACAAUGCGAAUACGUAUAACUCGAACUUGAUUAAGCAUGUUUUUGAUUGUAGUGGGACGCCAUUGCGCCCUGAAAUCACUUCCAGUAUGUAUGUAUAUGAGUUGUUCAAUGAGGACUUGAGGUCACCACCGGUGUCUGAGGCGAAUUGGGGGCUAUUUUAUGGGAAUUCAACAGCAGUGUACUUGCUUCAUGUGUCUGGAAUUGGUACAUUUUUGGCUAAUGACACGACGAAUCAGACAUAUUGUAUUGCCAUUGAUGGGGUUGAUGCAAGAACAUUGCAGGUAGCAUUGGAUUGGGCUUGUGGUCCGGGGAGGGCGAAUUGUACAGAGAUUCAGCCAGGGGAGGAUUGUUACCAUCCUAAUAAUGUGAAAAACCAUUCUUCUUAUGCAUUUGAUAGCUAUUUCCAGGUGGAAGGGAAGGAUCCUGGGUCUUGUGACUUCAAGGGUGUGGCCAUGAUCACCACCACUGACCCAAGUCACGGGAGCUGUAUAUUUCCUGGAAGCAAGAAGAUUAGCAAUAAAACAAGCCAGGUGGUUAACUCAACACAAAAGAAAACUCACUGCAUUGAUGAUUAG